CCUGCUCCUCAUGUCCUUAUGCAGCAGUGCAGUGUGAGUGUCAUGCACUACCAUGUAUCCUGCCCUGUCUCAGCAUUCUGCAGGGUGUUAUAGCAAGUAGCAGCAAACCUGCAAACAAGUGCUAUAUAGUGAGUGGCAAUGUGCAUUUCUUUGUCAGCUCUCCUGCCCUGCGCAUGAGUGAGUCUCUCCAAGGCAGAGAGGAGAAGGUGUGCCACUUAUUCUGCUCGGCUGCUUUCUUGCACAGACCAUUUAAGAAACAACUCCUUUUCCCUUAUUCUCCAUGGAAUGAGAGUCCUUCCUUUGGAUUCCAGCAGUCAGCACUUUGCCUGCAGAGGGAUGGGACCCGAUGCUUCUUGGCAAUGACUGGCAUUUGCAGGGAUCCUAGUUUCAGCACCUUGGACAGCAGCACUUUGGACAGCAGCACCUUGGACAGCAGCACUCUGGAUAGCAGCACCUUGGACAGCAGCACCAUUCUAACAGAUAGGGCUCUCCUGGAACUCCUAUCCUACACCAUGGAGGAAUCCCACAGAGGAAGCAUGUAGACGACAACCAACCUGACUCCCCCCCAUGGUAAUUCAAUGAGGCAAACACUGCUGUGAAAAAUCAGGCUAAUGGAUAGAUGCUAAGCAAUGCACUUGGCAGAGGUUCUGCUGGCUGGUUUACUCAUAGUAGUGUUCAUUGUCUCCUUGUUGGCUAACCUUCUGGUGCUGGUAUGCUUCUUGUACAGUGCUGAGAUAAGGAAGCAGGUCUCUGGGAUCUUCUUGGUCAACCUGUCGCUCUGCAACCUCCUUUUGACCAUCCUCAACAUGCCCUCCACUUUCCUGGCCAUCCUCAACCACCACCAGCCAUUCGGUGACUGCCUCUGCCAAGCUUUGGGCUUUUUGGAAACUUUUUUGACUUCCAGCACCAUGUUGAGCAUGGCAGCUCUCAGCAUAGACAAAUGGAUUGCGGUGGUUUUCCCCUUAAGUUACACCAGCAAGAUGAGGUAUAAAGAUGCAGUCAUCAUGAUGGGGUACACCUGGCUGCACUCACUUACCUUUCCCCUGGUCUCUCUCUUCCUGUCCUGGUUAGACUACAGUAGCAUGUAUGCAUCUUGCACCUUGCAUGCCCAAGAUGCCCCCGAGACGAGACGCUUCAUGGCAUUCACCAUCGUGUUCCAUGCUGCCAGUUUCAUGCUCUCACUGGUUAUAUUAUGUUUCACUUAUUUAAAGGUGCUGAAAGUGGCACGGUUCCACUGCAGGAGGAUAGAUAUUAUCACCAUGCAGACACUUGUGUUGCUUGUAGACAUCCACCCCAGUGUGAAGCAGAGAUGUCUAAGUGAGCAAAAGAGAAGAAGACAACGGGCUACAAAGAAAAUCAGUAUUUUUAUAGGAUCAUUUGUUGUGUGCUUUGCGCCCUAUGUCAUCACAAGGUUAAUAGAGCUUCUUCCGUAUGUAAAAAUCAACAACUACUGGGGUAUAGCAAGUAAGUGCCUGGCCUACAGUAAAGCCGCCGCAGACCCCUUUGUUUACUCGCUCCUCCGUCAACAGUACAAGAAAGUUUUGCUCAACAUUGUCAACAGGAUCCUGAAGAGAGAACUAUAUCCCUCAUCCGGAUACAACAGCUCCUUAGAUACAGAAAAUGACUAUUGUUUGCACAGGGCCAGCUAAGGAGAUGUCUAAGAAACCUACAUUACCCCCCCCCCCCCCCCUCCCCCAUUCCCUCAGCAUUCAGUAAAAUGUCAGCUCUCAAACCUUACUAGAAAAGUUUCAAGAUUUGAAAGUUUUAUUUUGGAGAUAAGAUGUAAUGACACUAGACAUGAAACGCAAGUAAGGACUAAGUACUUUUCGAGGGAUUUGGUGAGGUCACUUGCGUUUUAUAUCUGGAAGGAUGACAAUGGUGCUUGUGGUCCUUCUGUUAAGAUUUUUGCACACGUUUAUUUUGCACAUAUUUAUUUUUUGGUUCUUCUGUCUCCUUGCCAUAGGGGAAUGAGUUGGGUCAGUUGGGUAUUGAUGGCAUUGUUACUUGGUGGUAAGUCAUGUGAUCUGGACCUGCUUAAAAAUCCUGUAAUAUGAAUUGUGAAGAAGUAGGUGAAGGUGUUGUCCAGAGUUUAUAGAGAGUUGUCCAGAGUUACAAAGAGUAUCUCCUGCUCUGAAGGACCUGUCCUGUCCUACAUAACACAAACAACCCAUUAAGAUGAGUUGGAACUGUGGAAUAGCACAUUUUUCCUGUGGGGUGUGAUAACGAACAGCUACUGCUGGAUUUCACAACAGAAUGUGGGGGAUUUAUUAAGGCCUGUGCCUGAGGUGCAAAUAACUCCAGGCUAUUAUUGUAAAUCAAUCAAUAUUGUAUUAUGGUGAUGGAACUGUUUAACUCAAAAAUGUAUGUCACCCAUACUAGAAAUUGUGCAGUGGGUACCAGGCCACUUCUUCUCCAGCUCUCAUAUGCCUCAGAUCACUCCUUCUCCAGCUCUCAUAUGCCUCAGAUCACUCCUUAUCCAGCUCUCUUAUGCCCCAGAUCA